AUGACGAAAUCGCAUGACGAGGUGGUUGAGGUAUCACGUAAACUGAAAGAGGCUUAUAGAGAUGAGAAACUUUAUUGGGAACAAAAGAGCAGGAAUACAUGGCAUAUAUAUGGAGACAGGAAUACAGAGUUUUAUCAUGCUUUAACCAAGCAGAGGAGGGUUCAAAAUAGGAUAUCGGGUUUGCAUAAUGAGGAAGGGAUUUGGACUAACUCAGAAUUAGAAAUCGAAAAUAUUGCAGUCAAAUAUUUUCGGAAUCUGUUUAAGUCCACUUCCCCAUCUGAUUUUGAUGGCUUUCUAGAAGAAAUUCCUGCAUCGGUUACAAUGGACCAAAAUAGGAAAUUAACGGCUGUAGCUACGGAGAAGGAGGUGAGAGUGGCUUUGUUUAUGAUGCAUCCUGAAAAGGCGCCGGGACCAGAUGGGAUGACGGCUCUGUUUUAUCAACAAUCGUGGUCGGUCAUUAAAUAUGAUCUGGUUAAUAUGGUUAAUGACUUUUUAAGCUCUGGGAAUUUCGAUGAUAGACUUAAUUUGACGAAUAUCUGUUUAAUUCCUAAGACUGCCCGGCCUAGUCGAAUGACGGAGUUGCGGCCUAUUAGUCUUUGCAAUGUAGCUUAUAAAAUUAUUUCAAAGGUUCUGUGUCAACGGUUAAAAGGUCUGCUUCCAAAUCUAAUUUCUGAAACACAGUCUGCUUUUGUCUCGGGGAGAUUAAUUUCGGAUAAUAUUCUUAUAGCUCAGGAGAUGUUCCAUGGCUUACGAACUAAUAACGCCUGUAAAGAGAAAUUUAUGGCUAUAAAGACGGAUAUGAGUAAAGCGUAUGAUAGGGUAGAAUGGUCUUUUAUGGAGAGACUUCUCCCGAAGAUGGGUUUCUGCUCGAUAUGGGUGUCUCGAGUAAUGAAGUGUAUCUCAUCGGUUCAAUAUAAGGUGCUGCUGAAUGGACAACCCAAAGGACAUAUUGUUCCAGAAAGAGGGCUUAGGCAAGGGGAUCCUAUGUCCCCUUAUUUAUUUAUUUUGUGUACGGAAGCGCUUAUAGAGAAUAUAAAGAAACAAGAACGUGAUAAGAAAUUAACCGGAUUAAAGGUAUCUCGCGGGAGCCCAGCGAUUUCCCAACUUCUUUUUGCGGAUGAUAGUUUGUUUUUCUGUAAGGCUACUUUGGCGGAAUUUGGUGUUAUCCCAAAGCUUCUUAAAGAUUAUGAGGCUGUUUCGGGGCAACUUAUCAAUUUUGAUAAAUCUUCUUUACAAUUCGGGCACAAGGUUCCAGAACCAAAUAAGAACGAAAUUAAAGCCCAGUUAGGUAUUAGCACGAUUGGUGGAAUGGGAAGCUAUCUGGGUAUACCUGAAAGCUUAGGGGGAUCGAAGAUUCAAGUGUUUGGAUAUGUCACUGAGAGGAUUAUAACCAGAAGAUUACCAAAAGGGGUUACAAAGAAAAUUACUGGUGCGAUCUCCCAUUUUUGGUGGGGAGGGAGUGAUCCUUUGGAUCCACACAGAUCUUAUUCACCCUCCUAUGGCUGGAGAAGCAUCUGUUCAGCUAGAUCUCUGGUUAAAAAAAGGCUAAUCAAAAGAGUGGGGAAUGGACAGUCUAUCUCAGUAUGGACUGACCCAUGGCUCCCUGCUCCUCGUCCGAGAUCAGCAACACCAAAAAACAUAUCUCUGGAUUUGUCUUCAUCUCUUAAAGUGGACUACUUUAUUGAUCGGACAAAUUUCUCCCGGAAUGAGACUUUGCUUAAUGAAUACUUUCAUUCUGAUGAUGUCACAUUGAUAAAAGGGCUGGCAAUUAGUAGGUUCGGCAGGGUAGAUACCAUUGGUUGGGCUUUUACCGAUUCUGGUAAAUACACGGUUAAAUCAGGUUUCAAGACAGAAGCGAAGUAUCCUGAUAAAGUCAUUCAGGAGCUCCCGUUCGAUCCAGAUAUUAAUCCGUUAUUGAGUCAUACUUGGAAAUUGAGGUGUCCGCCGAAGUUACAGCAUUUUAUUUGGCAAGUUAUUAAAGGAAUUAUCCCAGUGGCAAAUAAUUUGAGGACUAGAGGUAUUAAUUGUGAUCUACGGUGUAGUCUAUGUGGUGCUGAAGAAGAAUCCAUCAAUCAUGUAUUCUUUGAAUGUCCACCGGCUAUCCAGGUAUGGGCAUUGUCGAAAAUACCUUCAGCCCCAGGUUUCUUUCCCGGUUUAUCGGUUUUCUCUAAUAUCGAUUAUCUUUUUUGGAGAUUACCGAAGGAUUCAGAUUUUAGAUUCUUUCCGUGGAUAUUGUGGUAUAUAUGGAAGAAUAGAAACAGUAAAAUUUAUACAAACAGAUCAGGUGAUCCACAGGAAAUCCUUAGGAAAGCAGAGGUGGAAGCAGUGAUUUGGGCUGAUGCCCAAUUAAUGGUUCCGGCUACAAACCAGACAUCUCACAUGGUUUCUGAAGAUCGAUCGUUAGAAGAAUCAAGAGUUUGCUAUAUUGAUGGAGCAUGGAGGGAGCAAGACAAAUUCUCAGGACAAGGGUGGUUCUGCAGAAUGAAUGGUUCAGCUGAGAAGAUGAUGGGUGCAAUGAGUCUCCGAAGAAGCUUAUCUGCUUUGCAUGCUGAAUGCGAAGCUUUGAUAUGGGCUAUGAAGUGCAUGAAGAUUCUCAACUUUUCAGACGUAGUUUUCGCAACGGAUUGUUCUCAACUGGUGAAGAUGGUGUUAUAUCACCUGGAGAAUGGCCAGCUUUUGCUACACACUUGGAGGAGCUCCAGCACAGAUGCAAUGUCGAAACACUUGUGCUUACAUUUCAAAUUCAGAGAUCGCAUCUAUUGUAUAACCAUCAAGACAACAGUGGAGGGGAUAAAUUUAGCAAUGGUAGAAGAAAUGUUGUAUAAAAAGCUGAGGUUGGAUGAAAGGAAUGUAAAACUGGCGUUGAGGUACAAGCCGAUGGUGGUUGGAUGUGAAGAAUCAAAAGAGUGCACAAUUUGUGAUGAUGAUUUGUUCGGUUACCUUCUUUCCAUUGAUAAAGACAACCAUAGAAGUCUUUUGUUAGUGGAGGAGACGAGUAACUCGGAUCAGUUAGAUAAGCUGUCGAGGAUGGCCGGAAGUUCGUUUGGUAUGAAUCACGAAGUGUUGCAGGGAAAUGAUGAUAAAGUCGGACCUAACGCCAUAACUCUGUACGUUGAAAAGGGGCAAGCAAAUCAACAGAAGGAGGUGAUACAUGCAGAGAAUGGUGACAAUACAACACAUGAUGAUUUUAUGGAUAUACACAACACUGCAGCUGAGAUGGAUAGCAGUGCUUAUAUAGAAACCAAUAUGAGAGUUACGUAUAUUGAGCAGUCACCUUUACUAAAAUGUAGUCAAUUUAUAGAGGAAUGGGGAGACGGUUUGGGUCUGUUCAAGCUGAAGGAAUUUCCAAACAAGAGAUCACUUCAAAAGGUGGUGGAUAGAGUUGCAUUUGGCGAAAGCUUUCGUUAUGCUAUAAAAAAAUCUGAUCGUAAACGGUUGGUGUUAAAAUGUUGUGAUGAAAGCUGUAAAUGGGGAUUGCGAGCUGCGAGGAUUCCAGAGACGGAAAUUUUUUCUGUUAGGAGGUACGGGGGUGUGCAUACAUGCUCUGGACUAAUCAAAGUAAUAGCUGCAACAUCAAGAGGAAAGGCUCUUCAGAAUUAG